AUGCAAAAUCACAGUUUUGUAACUGAGUUUGUACUCUUGGGGCUCUCACAGAGUCCAAAUGUGCAGAAAACUAUAUUUGUUGUAUUCUUGUUCAUUUACAUUGCAACUGUUGGGGGCAACUUGCUAAUUGUGGUGAUCAUCAGUAGCAGCCCAGCACUCUGGGGCUCCCCCAUGUACUUCUUCCUGGCUUUUCUGUCCUUCCUGGAUGCGUGCUUCUCCUCUGUCAUUGCCCCAAAGAUGAUUGUGGACUCUCUCCAUGAAAGGAAAACCAUUUCCUUCAAAGGCUGCAUGACCCAGAUCUUUGCUGAACACUUCUUUGCUGGGGUGGAGGUGAUUGUCCUCAGUGCCAUGGCCUAUGACCGCUAUGUGGCCAUCUGCAAGCCUUUGCACUAUUCUUCUAUCAUGAAUCACAGACUCUGUGUCCUUCUGAUGGUAGCCUGGACAGGGGGUUUCGUUCAUUCCAUGAUACAGAUUCUCUUCACUUUCCAGCUGCACUUCUGUGGCCCCAAUGUCAUCGAUCACUUCAUGUGUGACUUGUACCCAUUGCUGGAACUUGCCUGCACUGACACUCACAUCUUUGGGCUUUUGGUAGUCACCAACAGUGGGUUUAUCUGUAUCCUAAUCUUCUCCUUUUUGCUUGUCUCCUAUGGGGUCAUCCUGCUGUCUCUGAGAACCCGUAGCUCUGAAGGGCAGCAGAAAGCCCUCUCCACCUGUGGAUGUCACAUUGCUGUUGUGAUUUUAUUCUUCGUCCCAUGCAUAUUUGUGUAUGCACGACCUCCAUCUGCUUUCUCCUUUGACAAAAUGGUAGCCAUAUUUUACACCAUCUUAACUCCUUUGCUCAAUCCUUUGAUUUACACGUUCAGAAAUAAGGAAGUGAAAAGUGUCAUGAGGAAAAUGUGGACCAGAAUAAUGGUGGUUUCUAAUGAAAAAUAA